AUGAAGUCUUCAGUCAUUUCAGGAGAUUCUGGCAAUCCAGCCGUGGACGUUUAUCCCAGUGGCGGAGUUGAGUCACUCUCACUAUCCAUCGAAGAGUCACCUAAUACCAUACCACCUCAUCCUUUGGGAGUCAAGCCGGCUGGAAACCAAUAUACCGCCAGCAGCAUUGCUAAAAAUUCCAUCGGUUCAUUUCAAGCAUUUCCAGAUGAGAUUUUAGCAAUAUUUCUAGAAUAUCUUGACUCAUACAAAUUACGCUCCUUAGGCGCAACAUGCAAGUUUCUCUAUGCAUUCUGUAGGUCUGAUGACUUGUGGAAAGCAUUAUUCAUUGAGUCACCCAUUUCAAAAUCUGGAUCCUUCACCUGGCACGGAACAUGGCGUUCAACAUUCCUGAAUCUCACCUCCUCCCAAACUAGCCAGAUCCCCUGCCCUGGCGUCUUCUCUGACGUCCUCUACCGACCAUUUCUUUGCACUCACACUUCCCUCCUCCCGUACACGACCAAUAUACCAUCCAGGAAUGCCAUUCCCCGGCUCGCCAACCUCACGCCUGCUGAGUUCUCCUCAGAUUGGGCUGACAAGCCGUUUAUCCUUACAGAGCCUGUUCAGUCAUGGCCUGUGUUCCAGUCAUGGAACACAGAAGCGCUGGUAGAGAAGUACGGCGAUGUCAAGUUCCGCGCUGAGGCUGUGGAUUGGACGCUGGACACUUAUAUCAGCUAUAUGAAUAAUAGCAGCGACGAAAGUCCACUAUACCUCUUCGAUAGGAGCUUCGUAGAGAAGAUGAGUCUAAACUCUACCACCGACUUUAGCAACGACAACAAGUCUACCGACUCCUCCCCACCAUCAUACACUAUCCCAGCUCCCUUCAGCGAGGAUCUCUUCACCGUCCUCGGCUCCCUCCGCCCAGACAACAAAUGGCUCAUCAUAGGCCCCUCCCGCAGCGGCUCAACCUACCACAAAGACCCUAAUGCAACAUCAGCCUGGAACGCUGUCCUCCGCGGCUCCAAAUACUGGAUCAUGUUCCCUUCAUCUGCUUCCUCGCCCCCACCGCCAGGUGUCUACGUCUCCUCCGACCAAAGCGAAGUCACUUCACCACUCAGCAUCGCCGAAUGGCUGCUCGGUUUCCAUGCCGAAGCACGCAAGACUCCCGGCUGUCAAGAAGGCGUCUGCGGCGAGGGCGAAGUCUUGCAUGUCCCGAGUGGAUGGUGGCAUUUAGUCGUUAAUCUCGAGGCGAGUAUUGCGAUUACGCAGAACUUUGUGCCAAGUGCGCAUCUUGGGCGGGUGUUGGCGUUUAUGAGUGAGAAGAGGGAGCAGGUCUCGGGGUUUAGGAAGGAGGUAGUGGAUCCGUAUGGAGUUUUUGUGGAAGGAUUGAGGAGGGAGUACCCGGUUUUGCUCGAGGCGGCAUUGGAAGAGCUGGAAAGGAAGAAGGAGAGGGAGGCGAAGAAGCGGAAGUGGGACGAUGUGGUCGCUGGGAAGGCUGAUGGAGAUGAGAAUGGUGGUGGAGGAUUUAGUUUUGGGUUUGGAGGAGAUAGUGAUGAGGAGCUGCCAUGA